UAGCAAGUCCGGUCAGUUGAGUAACCUAGUAUCGGACGUGGUGGUGGUCGAACACAAGAGCCACGACUCUGCACAGCAACAAUGAAGUUCGUUAGGUUCAUCAUGAAAAACGCCGCCAUGGCCAGUGUGCCUAAACAUAUCGAACAUUUUUCCAAAUUUUCUCCUUCACCGCUCUCCAUGAAGCAGUUUCUGGAUUUCGGUUCCAUCAACGCCUGUGAGAAGACAUCUUUUGUGUUUCUGAGACAAGAGCUCCCUGUAAGACUUUCAAACAUUAUGAAGGAAAUCAACUUGCUACCUGACAAACUGCUCACAACGCAGCCUGUGAAAAUGGUGCAGAGCUGGUACAUCCAGAGUUUAAUUGAGAUCCUUGAAUUCCUUGACAAGAACCCUGAUGACUACAAAGUCCUGGGAGAGUUUGUUGAUGCCCUAGUUACCAUCAGAAACAGGCACAACGAUGUGGUGCCAACAAUGGCCCAGGGUAUCAUAGAAUACAAAGAGACCUUCCCCCAUGAUGCAGUAACCAACCAGAAUAUCCAGUACUUUUUGGACCGCUUCUACAUGAGCCGCAUCUCUAUCCGCAUGCUCAUCAACCAGCACACUCUUAUUUUUGAUGGAAGUGCCAACCCUGUCCACCCAAACACCAUCGGGAGCAUUGACCCUCUCUGUCAAGUUGGAGAUGUAGUUCAGGAUGCCUUCCACAGUGCCAAGAUGCUGUGCGACCAGUACUAUCUCUGCUCCCCUGACCUGAUACUACAGGAGAUGAGCAACAAGAAGAACCUUCCAAUAAGCAUCGUAUACGUUCCCUCUCACCUCUAUCACAUGCUGUUUGAGCUCUUUAAGAAUGCUAUGAGAGCCACCAUCGAGACCCACGAGAACAGCAAUAACCUUCCUCCCAUUCAAGUCAUGGUGUCUCUUGGAGGCGAGGACAUGUCAAUCAAGGUGAGCGACAAGGGCGGCGGUGUCCCCUUUCGACGGAUCGAGAACCUUUUCAGCUACAUGUACUCCACCGCUCCUGCUCCACAGAUGGGAGAGCACACACGGCCUCCACUGGCUGGCUUCGGCUACGGUCUGCCCAUCUCUCGUCUCUACGCCAAGUACUUCCAGGGGGACCUGCAGCUCUACUCCAUGGAGGGCCACGGCACAGACGCUGUCAUCUACUUGAAGGCGCUGUCCACCGACUCCAUCGAGAGGCUGCCGGUGUACAACAAAACUGCUCUGAAGAACUACAAAGUGAGCCAAGAGGCUGACGACUGGUGUAUACCCAGUAAAGAGCCCCUAGACCUGAGCAACUAUAAGGUGGCCAAGUGAAAAGUCCUUCAGGUCUACGGACUGUGACGGCUUCAGAAUUUCUGUCCUCAUAUUCCCAUGUCUUCAUCUGCCGAGGUAGAUUUGGGCACCAAACCUUUUUUUCAACUGAGACGGUCAUCUCCAGACAGAAGCGGACGGUGUCGUCUUAUAUUUCAGUCUGGUUUUAGCAGUAGCAUGUUAAUGUUGCUUUAAGUCCCCGUUGUUCUUUUGGGUUCUUCAUAAGAAAAUAGAAAACAGCUGAGACAUCUCCAGUGUUGCAUCAACAGGGACGUGCAGGUAGAGACAGAGGCUGCACCUAGCAUGUUAUGGGUACGUUGUUGUGAUUAAGAAAGUGGGAAUAUAAGUGGACCGACGUAAAGUAACAAAGGAGGGUCUAAAUAUUACAGUUUAAGACACUCCACAUGUGGUGAGGUUAUUACAGCAGAUGUUGAGAUAUUCAGUUGCACAGGGGGAAGCUGUUGUUGAAUAAUUGAAAGAGGACCAGAUAUUAUCUACUGUAGGAAAUGUCACCCAAGCCUUACCGUAGCAACUUCACCCAAAGGCUCAUUUCAUUAAAAAUACUUGAAACUAUUUAAAGUAAUACCCAUGGUGCACCUUGUUCAGUUGUUAAGUACUGUAUUACUAAUUUGAACAAAUGUAUGACUUGUAAGAUGAGUGGUUUUGUGCUUUCUGCAUGGAUAUUUGUUCAAGCUUUUGAUAUUUCAGCCUUUAAAUUUUUAAUCAGUAUUCGCUUUCACUGAUAAGAUACAGUGUUAUCUUAACAUCAGUUGUCUGGACCAGGCUGAAUGUACUCCACUCUUUUCUAUACAUUAAUUUGCAUUCAUUAUAGAGACAAGAGUGUUACAUGAUAGGAAUUACAGCAUUAUAGGGUCCUAGUUCUCUCUGAUGUAACACGUUUUACAGCCAGCCACCAGAGCUUUUUGCUACACUUGUUUGGAGGUUUAAUGUUUGUAGCUGGCUUCAAUGAAGGGUAGUGUUAUUAAACCCCGGAGGGCAGCACAUGUCAUGUUUGAGUUCAAGACCAUUCUGUGAUCCAAUAAGGCAAGGCCAGUCUCAGAUAAUUUAUUACACUGUGCCAUAUGAGGAAAAAAAUGCCCUGGGUCCAUAUGUGUUGGAAUACAGUUUUCUUUUGUAUUAAAUUUAUCUUAAUCAUACAGUAUGUGAAAGGUUAUUUUUAUAGCUACUCUUUUGUCACUGAGCUGAUUGUACACAUUGUAAAUACAGUCCAAAUAAUUAAAAACAACUAUGUCAGUACAA